UCAAUGGUCUAUUUUCUUGCCUACUGUCACUUUCCCCCACAAAAGAACUCGAAUGAUCACGUCUUUCUCUCUUUCUCUCUCUAAAAGCUUUUGAUUUUAGCUGUUCCUCAAGAUUCGCUGCGAGAAAUCUUAGUAUCGAUUAACCGCAAAUCGGAAGAAAUCAGCUUAAUGCCUUCAGUCGUUUCGCCUCAAUGGCAAGAGAAGGCCAGUGGUUUCUUCUCAUCUUCAGGGACAAAACUGAAAGAAGCUGGACAGUCUGCAGGAACAUUUGUUGGUGAAGUUGCUAAAGAUGCAAAAGGCAAUGUUUCAGAAGCUGCAGGAAAAUUUGGCUCUGUGGUGAAAAACAGAUGGUCUCUCUUUCAACAGCCAUCAACAAGGCAAGCAAUGCAGGAAAAACUUGUCAAUGCUGCUGCUACUACAAGCUUCUUUCUAAGAAAAGGUGUUUCAGAGACAAAAGAGAAAGUUGUUGUAGGGAAAACUAAAGUAGAAGAGGUGGCAAAGAAGACUGCCCAAAAGAGCAAAACUCUGUUGACUGAUAUUGAAAGAUGGCAAAAGGGUGUUGCAAGCACUGAUGUGUUUGGUGUUCCAAUAGAGGUUACAGUACAGAGGCAAGAAUCCAGCAAGCCUGUUCCUUUUCUGUUAAUAAAAUCUGCAGAUUAUCUUGUUUUAUCAGGAUUAAACUCACCUGAUUUAUUCAAGUCUGAAGGAAACAAGAAAGCCAUUCAGCAGUUGGUUUCAUUAUACAACCAGGACUUGAAUGCACCACUACCUGAAAAUGUGAACCCAAUUGACGUUGCUGCCCUUGUGAAGUGCUACCUUGCGAGCCUUCCUCAGCCAUUAAUCACUCCAGACCUCCACAAUGAAGUGCGUGGGGCCCGUUCCAGCAUCCCACUAAUGAGAAGCAUAUUGAAAAAGCUUCCCACAGUCAAUUACAUGACACUUGAACUCAUUACUGCUUUAUUGCUACGUGUUAGCAAGAAGUCGCUUCUCAACAAGAUGGAUGCUGGAAGCCUUGCUAUGGAGAUGGCUCCUAUCAUUAUGUGGCAGAAGGGACAACCACCAGAAACUUAUAAACAGUUCUGGAAUCAGCCCUCAAAGACUCAAUCCAAUGCAAAUCUUGAUUCUGUACAAAACUAUAACGAAUGGGAUAUGCUUGCAGAUGAGAGUGAAGAUUCAGAUGUUUCCUCAGCAAUCCCAUUGGAUGAUGGGGUGCGAAUCGACUUCAGUGGCAUAGAGGUUUUACAGUGUCUGAUAGAACAUCACAAUGCCAUUUUCACUGAUGCAAAUGAGACUGUUUGGAGGUGACUCAUAUCUUCUUCAUCAUUUUCAAAUUUGAUUCAAUUUUCUCAUCAAUAAAAUUCAUUCUCUCAUAUCAUCAAACUUACCAUAAACUGGAGCUUUUCUUUUUGGAUUGAUGGUGAUUUGUAUAUUCUAUUCUGUGAGGUUCAUUACAUAAUGUUUUUAGGUUAGGAAUGUAUGCAAAGCAAAAGGUUUCUUUUACAAGUUUGUAUAUUAUAAAGGUUAUGAUGUUUGGUUUUC